GUUGAUGCUCUUGAGAUGGUAAGCUAGGUACCUGUGUAUGUCAGUGGCAAAGCCCUGUUUUUGGGGUGUUACUACAUACACCAGCCACAUUUCUGUACAAUACCUAAUGGACCGAAACGUAAAGACUGAGCCUCUGAGGGGCAACAAUUUGUCACCAAUUAAGACGCAAUAUUUCUAGUUUGUAGAUUGGGUAGCACACUUUAUAUUGCAUCCUACUCCAAAUUGGACCUAAAUCCUCAACUUGACUUGCCUCAACUUACCUCGACUUACCUCAACUAUCUUUACUAACCUAGUCUACUACACCUAGGUAUAUACUUCACAAUCAAAAUAUAUAGUUCCUACCCACCGCCUUAUAUAUAUGCCUAUAUAUAUAUUUCAUCUUCCCAAAUUUAGUUAACUGACAAUCACUACAUAUUUUUGAAAAUGAAUAACGGCGAAUCCAAAAUUGGCGUCGACUAUUUAGCUCGCCUUGAGCAUUUCCAUCAACUUGAUAAAGAGAGAGAGGAUAUGAUUAAAGAUUUAAUAGCUAAAUACGGUGAUCUCGAGCAACGCUUCGAGUUGAAAUGUAAAGAAUUUGCUAAUGAGGCUCAAACGCGCGCUAUAUAUCAAGCUCAGGCCAACGAUGCUUCUAAAAAACUUACUGAUAUUCGACAUAAAAUGGAUGUUAAUUCUUUUGCCAUUGCUAUUAUCGAUGGCGAUGGCGCCGUUUUUCGCGACGAUUGGAUUAGGAAGGGCGAAGACGGCGGCGCGAUGGCCGCUCAUCAGUUACGCGACGACAUUAAGAAACAUCUUAAAGCAGCUUAUCCAGACGUUAACACCGAACCGUGGCACGUAAUGGUUCAGGUCGUUCUUAACCUCGAGGGACUCUCCAGAAAGCUUUUUUGUGUUGAUCUCGCAAAGAGCAUGAGCGAACUAUCCGCCUUCGCUCGUGGAUUCAGUCGUGCCCAGGGGCUUUUUUCUUUUAUCGACGUCGGCAAGGGCAAGGAGCAGGCCGAUUUUAAAGUCCGCGAAACGCUGCGCUUGAUGGUACAUAACCUUCAGUGCAAGCAUAUUAUCUUUGGGCCUUGCCACGACAAAGGUUAUAUCGUUGAACUGAGACCAUAUCAGCUCGAGACGUCUGUUCUUAACAAGAUCACUCUACUUGAAACUACCCAGCCCCCGCGCGAAUUCGGUGAGCUGGCGUUUCGCAGAGUUAAGUUUAACGAUGUCUUCCGCUCUGAACUCCUUCCAGAAGGCUGGCUUCCGCCGACUCCUCCGCCUUCGGCAAGCAAACCGACCCCAAUCACGCCGUCAUCAGUAAACAAGGCAAUGAACUAUUCCGCCAUCGCUUCUGCGUGGACUAGCACGAUUCCGUUCGUCAACAGUUUCAAAAAGCCCGUAGCUACGCCGAUGAAAUCGAUAAAGGCAUCUCCCCGCAGAUUCUAUUUCGUCAACGCCUCGGGUCAGCGUGUCGAUGGGCCCUUACCGCAAGCCGAUGUCUACUCGGAGCAGAGCUUCAAAGACCGCUGCGAAGAAGAGGGAGGUAGGAAGCCCUGCAACAGGUUCCAUCUGCACGGCAUCUGCGAGGAAAAUGGAUGCUUGUACUACCACGGGGAGCCCCUGAGCCCGGGCGAACAGCUCAUCUUACGAAUUAAAGCCAGAUGCUCUCCAUGCAAUUAUAAGAGCUCCUGUAAGAAUGUCGAUUGCUAUUGGGGCCAUCAUUGCAAGUACCAGAAGUGCCAGAGACUUAAUUGCGUCUUUGUUAACACUCAUGGGAUAGACUUGACUCCAGCGGAGAAAGUUUACGAAGACGGCUCGCGAGAGGUCUUAUCUCUUUAAGAAAUACGGCGAUUCGGUAUAUAAGACUUAGGCGAAGUCGUAGUCUACCUACGUUAUUGCUAACGCUUUAAAUCUUAAUCUUUAAUUUUCACAUCACCUCAGAUACACGAAGAGAUACAGUAGAGGAAUGGAUAUGCUUUUUAUUUAUUAUGAGAGGGGAGCUAUGUACAGGUUAUGGUAUUAAUAUGUUAUGGUUCACGGUGUGCUUGUCAGGCUUAUAGCACAAGCCUUCUGGGUAGGGUUAAUUGAUAACCCUAACACAUCAAAUGGUCUUAUUUCUUUGGCUUACGCUCCUUUUUGGACAUAUCUGAAAAGAUGAACAUGUAUGUUCGAUAUAAGGCUGUGAGGACUGCAUAAUGUUCGUAGACGCCUAGCAGUCGGAAAAACAGGGCGCUGUUCCCUGACUCCGGCGUAUCUUCCUUUGGUUUGUUUUCCUUCUUGGGUGGCAUUUUCUUAACUUACAGUCUUGUGUGGUUUCGUGUAGGCUAAAAUGUACGAUGGUAGGUAGAAGUUGUUUAGGUAGGUAAUUUGGUAUGCACUAUUAGGAACAAUGAAGAAUUGAUUGAAAGGCAAACACUGUCAACUUAUACUAGA